AGUGACGUCACCAACAUGGCGGACACGGUGCCUGCGGCGUCGGGAAGUGACGGAGACGACGGCGCCGAGCUCAGGUGCGCGCUGGCGGCGGCGUGGCACGUGAUGCGCGCGCGCCGCGUGCGGGAGUUCCAUCACGUGGUGGACGUCGUGGACUCCCUGAGGGACGUGCCCCGGAGCUUCAAGGCCAGGACCUGGACCAGGCUCCGGAUGGGCCUGAGGGCCGCGGUGGUGAUGCAGAUGCUGCGCGACGGCCAAUCCGGUGACGUCAUUUCCGACGCCAUGAGGCGCUACUUCCCCCCGGGCAGCAGCCAGAAGGAGCAGCCGGACGUGGCUGAGGCUCAGGAGCAUUUUGUGAGGCUGGUGUCGGAGCUGGUGCAGAACCCGAGGAAACGGAAGUGGUACCUGCAGAGGUGGGCGCCCCACACCUAUGGGAGGAAGCUGGUGACCAACCUCAAGAGCCUCCUGUUCGAGCUGCUGCUGCGCAUCGACAGCGCCCUGCCCCCCCCCCGACCUCGACAAGAUGCAGGCCCUGAUCCGUAGCCACGCCCCCGGCCACGCCCCCUACGUGGACCUGCCAAUCCUGAGGCAGUACCUGGUGGACAUUGGCUACCCCGAGUUCGCCACCGGGCCCCUCCCCUUGCGCGAUGACGUCAGCGACGUGUCGGUGUUGGAGCUCCGCCCCUCCGGCCUCGUCCUCGUGGGUGAGUCCGUCCCCCCCGUUGCCAAAUAGGGAUCCAUCGGGAUCCAUUGGCUCCCCCGUCCUCUGCCAUAUAGUGAGCUAAGCCCCGCCCCUGCCGCCCUCCUAUUGGUCCAUGGCCUCGGAGCUCGCACGCUAUUGGCUGAGCGGCUCGGGGACUACGAGGCCCGUGGUCCCCCUGCGCGGCGCCAUCUUGGUUUGGGGUCGGAAGUGGGCGGGGCGGUGGGGGAGGCACUUCCGGUUCCGGGAGAGGGCAGGAUGGUGAUCGAAGUGAAGAUCCUGACCUGCAAAGAGCUCAAGAUGGAGAUAGAGCCCAAGGACAAGGUGGAUCGGACCAAGCAGCGGAUGAAGGAGCUCCCCCCCCA